CUUGCAGCGUGCUCGGGGCGCAAUCACACGCACGCCGUCGAGUCGCGAGCCGUCAAAAUGCGAGUAUUACUAGCGUCGUUGGCAGUCCUUGCUGCUCUAACUGCAGCAGACGCGGACAGCAAAGCACGCAUCGUAUGUUACUUCAGCAAUUGGGCGGUGUACAGGCCUGGUAUCGGCAGCUAUGGCAUCGAUGACAUCCCAGUCGACCUUUGUACUCAUAUCAUUUACUCCUUCAUCGGCGUCACGGAGAAAUCUCAUGAAGUUCUUGUCAUCGAUCCUGAGUUGGAUGUAGAAAAGGGAGGAUACCGUAAUUUCACGGGGUUGCGAAACACUCAUCCCAAUGUCAAGUUCAUGGUGGCUGUCGGAGGGUGGGCAGAAGGCGGUGCCAAGUAUUCGCAAAUGGUGGCCCAGAAAAGUUCGCGAAUGACCUUCGUCAGAAGUGUCGUUGAUUUCCUCAAAGAAUACAAUUUCGAUGGUCUGGACCUUGAUUGGGAGUACCCUGGCGCGGCUGAUCGUGGUGGUUCUUUCUCCGACAAAGAUCGAUUUUUGUUCCUCGUACAAGAACUGAGAAGGGCCUUUAUUAGAGAGGGCAAGGGCUGGGAAUUAACAGCUGCUGUACCGCUGGCUAACUUCAGGCUUAUGGAAGGGUACCAUGUCCCUGAUUUGUGCGAGGAAUUAGAUGCAAUCCAUGUGAUGUCAUACGAUCUUCGCGGUAAUUGGGCUGGAUUUGCGGACGUACAUUCACCUCUAUACAAACGUCCUCAUGACCAGUGGGCUUAUGAGAAGCUUAAUGUGAACGACGGGCUCAAUCUUUGGGAGGAGAAGGGAUGUCCAUCAAACAAAUUGGUUGUUGGCAUUCCGUUUUACGGUCGUUCGUUCACCUUGUCAGCUGGUAAUAACAACUAUGGGCUUGGGACGUAUAUUAAUAAGGAAGCCGGUGGCGGCAAUCCAGCCCCUUACACAAAUGCUACAGGAUUCUGGGCCUAUUAUGAAAUAUGCAUGGACGUAGACAAGCCAGAAACCGACUGGACCAAAAAGUGGGAUGAGCACGGUAUGUGUCCCUACGCGUACAAAGGAACGCAAUGGGUGGGCUACGAAGACCCUCGCAGUGUUGAAAUCAAACUGAACUGGAUCAAACAGAAGGGUUACCUUGGCGCUAUGACCUGGGCGAUUGACAUGGAUGACUUCCAGGGCAUUUGCGGAGAGAAGAACCCAUUGUCCAAGCUAUUGCAUAAACAUAUGUCUUCGUAUACCGUACCUCCACCACGUUCUGGAAAUACUACUCCAACGCCUGAAUGGGCACGACCACCAUCAACGACAUCAGACCCAUCUGAAGGCGCUCCCAUCCCCACUACGACCAAGGCUCCUACACCAAAACCUACUCAGGCACCAACGAAACCUACUCAGUCGCCUGUAACAACACCUACUCAGCCCAGCAGUACCAAUGCCCCAGUGGAGGAGGAGAAACCUGUCCCUGAUGUAGAGCAACCACCUUCUGAAAAUGAGGUGGACAGCGCCGAAGUUUGCAGCGCUCAAGCGGAUUACAUCGCUGACAAAAAGCGCUGCGAUAAGUACUGGCGUUGCGUAAACGGCGAGCGUAUGCAAUUCACAUGCCAAUCCGGCACCGUCUUCAACACGGCGCUUAAUGUUUGCGACUGGCCUGAUAAUGUUGAUAGAAAUGAAUGUAGAAAAUAAUUUAAUUAGGACCUCAUUUCAAACAAAUUCGCUUUGCUGCGGUUUAAUUUUGACUGAAGCAAACCGAAUUGUUUCUUGAUACAAACUUGAACAUUUAAUGUUUGAACUUCAAUAUUAUUAUGGAUUUUUAAGACAAAUAGUUUAUUCCAGUUAUAUCAAAGUUGAAAACAAUACAUGAAAAAAUAGGACUAUAUUAUCAUUAGUGCGAUUUUUCAAUCAGGAUUACAAUUUAUAGAGAUUUUCAGUGUUAUCACUAUAUUUAUAAAGUUCCUGUAUCUGAAGUUCAAAUGUUUUCUUUGUUAAUGCUCAUUUUACAUUAGUUUUAAGGAAGAGUUAAGUUAUUUAUAUAAAAAUUAAAAAUAAACAUUAAAACAGCUUCGGUAGUGUACUGACAUUUUAUAUUUCUUUUGAAAUACAUCACUUCUGAGGUUGUUUUAAUUUAAAAUAAUAAAUAUUAGAUAUACUGAUUUCACAUAGGUACUUUUGUACCUACGAAUAAAAUUAGAUGAGAUUAUGUAAAAGACUGCUAAAAUAAUAAAAAAUACAUACCUACUUCUUUAUCUAUCAUAUACCUUAUGUUCUAAUGUAAUUUCUGUAAAAAUUAUACGUAGGUACCUACAUCAAUCAUUCAUCAAUAUGUUUUAAAUUUUUAUCAUAUACAGUUUUUUAUUUAUUGUGCUUGAAGAAGCUAUUAAAGUAGUAUAAUAUUUA